CUGUAGGAGCCGCAGCAGGGUGUGUGAAGAGAGGGAGAAACGUCACCGCUUUUUUUUUUCUUCUCCUCCUACAAGGGGGUAUCUCCUCCUCUCUGACUCCCACUCCAUUCCAACCGCCGUCCCGGCCGCACGCCGCUUCCCAUCCUGCUCUGUUCUGCAUCACAUCUCCCGCUUCUUUUGCCACAGUUCUGGGAGUACAAGAGGGAUUUUACUUUAGAUUCGCACCAUGUCCACGACCGAAGACAAACCGGCGGACAAGGAAAAUGCGUCGAGCUGGAAGGAUGCCAUUUACAACCCGAGGACCGGCGAGUUUAUGGGCAGAACGGGCAGCAGCUGGGGUCUCAUCCUGCUGUUUUACCUGGUGUUCUACAGUUUCCUGGCCGGCAUGUUCACUCUCACCAUGUGGGUCAUGCUGAUGACCCUCGAUGACAACGUGCCCCGCUACCGCGACCGCGUGCCCACGCCAGGCCUGGUGAUACGGCCCAAGUCCCUGGACAUCCUCUUCAGCAAGUCCAGCAAGGCUGAGUACGGGCAGUACGUCCAGCACCUAGACCACCUGCUGCAGCAGUAUAAUGACACGCAGCAGGAGCAGAGUGAGCUGUGCCCUGCGGGGGUGUACUUCGACCAGGACCAGGAGGAGGGCCAGAAGAAGGCCUGCCAGUUCCGGAGGAGCGAGCUGGGCCUGUGCUCUGGCCUGUCCGACCCCUCCUUCGGAUACGCAGAGGGGAAACCCUGCAUCCUCAUCAAGAUGAACCGCAUCAUUGGGCUGAAGCCACGAGGAGAUCCUUAUAUCAACUGCAUAGCCAAGAGAGAGAAUCCUAUUCAGAUGCAGUAUUUCCCCAUAGAAGGCCGUAUUGAUAAGAAGUAUUUCCCCUACUAUGGAAAGAGGAUUCAUGAGCGGUAUCUUCAGCCCCUGGUGGCGGUGAAGCUGCUGUUGACCCCGGAGGAGUACGACACAGAGUUGACCCUGGAGUGCAGGGUGGAGGGCUCGGACCUGCGCAACAACGACGACAGGGACAAGUUCCUGGGCCGCGUCACCUUCAGAGUCAAAGUUCGAGAGUAGGGGGCGGAGACACAGGGAUGGAUCCAGCCUCCACUGGCCCCUUCUGUGUACUGUUUAGAUGUUUCCUGCUGUUGGUCGCUCGAGGGAGGGAGGGAGACAGUGGGGGGGAGAGAGAGAGAGAGAGAGAGAGAGAGAGAGAAAGAGAGAGAGGGAGGGAGGGAGGGAGGGAGGGAGGGAGCAUCUCAACAGUAUAAAGAGCGGGCCUCUCAGCUCCUUGUUGCUAACUGGGUAGUUCUGUCCUGUAGGAGUGCUGACAGAAUAUGGUAAGGUCCGAUUCCAAACCCGAGCCUGCUGUUCCUCUGUCCACCAGGUUGAGCAGAGAACAGACAGGUCAGAUGUGGUGCUACACUGCCAUCUUCUGAAGCUGAGAUCUGUUUCACUGUCAGUGUCUAGUGUAAGUGUCAUCGUAUCUCAUAUACUUGUCAUCACAUUUAGUGUACGUGUCAUCACAAUGUCUAAUUCACUUCCUGGUUCCUGAAGAUGUAGAAUCUGUGCCAUAUGAUCCUUCACCUUACGCUAACGUGCAUGUUUCCAUAGAAACGUGUUUUCAAUGUCGGAGAACAAAACAGAAGAUCUGUCCAUAUUGUUUACACAGUUGUUUACAAGGUUGUUUACAAAGUUGUUUACAAGGAUGAGACCACAGUUCCACCCUGAUGUCAGUCCCCUUACUGCCUCAUCAUCUCCCUCACCCUCUCCCUCCUCCCUCACCCUCUCUCCCCUCCCU